CACCUCCUCCUUCUCUGUCUCUCUCUCUCCCGAUACGCGCAUCUCUCUCUCUCUCUUCUCUCCUGCAGUCGUCUUCUCCAAUUUGCCGGCGAUUUUCUUCGUUUCCCAAUUUACCCCUUUCCUGCUAAGUUAUACCUCUUGUAUCCUGUAAAACCCUGGUAAAAGUGAGAUCUAAUUAGGCUUUUUUUGCUUGAAUUUUGAUUUUAAUGGCGGAUUCAGACAAUGAAUCAGGAGGGCACAACAAUAGCAACGCAAUCAGUGAGCUGUCGGCCCGCGAACAAGACAGGUUCCUACCCAUCGCCAACGUUAGCAGAAUAAUGAAGAAAGCUCUCCCGGCCAACGCUAAGAUCUCCAAAGAUGCCAAAGAGACGGUACAGGAGUGCGUUUCUGAAUUCAUCAGCUUUAUUACCGGAGAGGCUUCGGACAAGUGCCAGCGCGAAAAGCGGAAGACAAUUAACGGCGAUGAUCUACUUUGGGCCAUGACCACGCUAGGGUUCGAGGAGUACGUUGAGCCUUUGAAGAUUUAUUUGCAGAAAUAUAGGGAGAUGGAGGGGGAGAAGAGCUCCAUGGGUAGGCAAGGAGAGAAGGAUGGUGCUGGUGGGUCUGGUGGAGGUGGUGCCGCUGCUGGCGGUGGUGGGUCUGGUGGAGGGGUUAGUUCAGGCGGUGCAGGAGGGUUUAAUGGUGGCGGUCAAGGGAUGUAUGGAGGGAUGAUGAUGAUGGGUCAUCAUCAAGGGCACGUGUACGGCGCCGGUGGGUAUCAUCAUCAGAUGGGUGUUGGAAAAGGUGGCUCUGGCAACUCAAGGUAGGUGUUGGCGACGAUGAUCGAUCGUUUUUAGUAUUUACUAUAAAUUCCUUGUUGUGAAAGGAUUGAUUAACUAGUUUAGGUCUUUCUGUUUUUAGUUAGGUCUUCUGUUAAUUUUCUUGGUGGGAGAAUGUCCAGAGUUCAUAUAAUUACUGUAAUAUUGGAUAGUUGCUAUAUGUACGUAACAUCUAAUGAUAGAGAGAGUUCUAAUUUGAGGAGGGAGCUGGAGGAGGUAGAACUUCAAAAACCUAUUUGUAUGAUAAGCAUUAAUUUUCACAUUUUGGAGAAAAAAGAAAUAAAAAGGUUGUUUCUUGCGCU